AUGUCCCCUCUCCCCUCUCGUCGUUCCCGUUCCCUCCCCUCUCUCCCUCUCCGCACUUCUCACGACAACGAGGACGAUAGCGCCUCCUCGGACGAAGCGGACGAUGACUCCACUUCGGAGUCGUGGGCAACGGCGUACGAGAGCACAAACUAUGAUGGCUCGGACGACGAGGCAUGGCUGGCGGCGGCGAUGAGCGUUAUGACGGUCGAGGCACAGCCUGGCACUCUGGCCGUCGUCCCCAUUGAUUCUGAACCUCUUACUCAACCGGCUCCUAUCGCGCCUUCAUCUCCCCCACUGGCCUUGUCUACCUCGUCUUCGUCUACCUCGUCCUCGUCCCCGUCCCCGUCCCCGUCCCCGUCCCCAUCGUCCCCCCUGCCCUCGUCUGACGCGCGUCAGGAUGCCUCACUCGUCCCCGCCCCUCCCGCUCCUUUGGCCCCUAACCUCAACCGUGCGAACAAGGUUUACGCCGUCGACACGCCAAAGUUGGCCUCGCCGAAGAUUGUCAAUCAUUGGGCAGAGGCUGCGGAUCUUACCCAGGGUGUCCCAGGAGCGAGCGUACGGAGCGUCGUCGUCCUUACGAACCCCCGUCAACUUCGCCCCGAGUUUCCUCUCUCGGCCACGCGCCGCCCAAAGUAUAAGGCGUUUAGUGCGAUCAAAGCAUGGCAGCCCGGUGUGUUCACAAGCUGGUCGGACACCCGUCUUGCGGUUUUCGGUACCCCGGGUCAGUUAUACAAGGGCCAUCCCACGGAGAGGGAGGCCCAUAUACAUUUCGCCGAUAUGCUUCGCAAGGGUCUCGUCCACGCGGAGCCGGGAUAUCGUGGUCAGCGACCGCUCCCAUCGCCGAUCCCGACUCCUGCAGGCCUCCCUCCCCCUCCCGAAUCCUCGUUGACAACGUAUGUCGUUACACAGGGUAGACGCGUUGGCGUGUUCCGUGAUUGGUGUGAGGCUGCGGACCAAGUGUUGUUCAUCAAGCGUGCCGUCGUCGUCUCCUACAAGAACCCGCAGGAUGCGCAGGCCGCUUUCGCUCUCGCGAUAGCGCAGGGCGUGGUUCGGCCGAAUGGCCCUGUCUACCUCACGUUCGCCUCAUGCUUGCCUCACGCCGCCAUCGUCGACGUCCUCUAG